AAUCCUGCCAUUUUGGAGCUCUGUAUACAGGCUGGUUUAGAGAUUGACAAGUACCCAACAAAGAGAAGAACGAGACCUGUAUAUAGUAUCGAAGGAAGAAUUGUAGAUUUUGAGUCGAUUAACAAAAUGGAUGAUGUGAAUAGGAACUCAUAUUCUGGGAUUGUUGAUCUCGUAGUACAUUCUGAUAUUAAAACUGAUGUUGAGGAGUUGAGGAAUUCAGAUUCACAGAGUGAUACUAACCUUGUGGAUAAAACAUUACCGAGCGAUAAAGUGGGGAAGUCUUUGAAUGAGUUAAGUAUUAUUACAAUGGACUCAUGGUUUGAGAUGAUAUCCGGAGCAAAGAAGAUCAUGGAGAAAUACAGUGUGAAGACUUGUGGAUAUUGUUUAGAGGUUCAGGUAGGUCCCAAGGGGCACAAAGUGAGGAUGUGCAAGGCUUCAAAGCAUCAAUCUCGUAAUGGUUUGCAUGCUUGGCAAGAAGCAACAAUAGACGAUCUUGUGGGUCCGAAUUAUGUUUGGCAUGUCCGCGACAUAGAUGGUCCUGCUCUGGAUAACAACCUGAACAGGUAUUACGGAAAGGCUCCAGCUGUGGUGGAGCUAUGCGUGCAGGCAGGCGCACCUGUGCCAAAUGAAUAUAGGAGUAUGAUAAGAUUAGAUGUAGCUUCUCCAGAGCGCAACGAGGUUGAUCUGGUUGCUUGAGAUAAUGUUCCUCUAUGUAGAUGAAUCGGAUGUAGUAAAAGAGA